AUGUUUAGUGCGCUGCCAGGGUCAGCCGGUUCCAUCUCCCACACGAGACCGGGGGUGUUGCAUUGUGGUGCCAGGUGCAGGGUUUGCAAGCGUUUGGCCUGUGAGCAUUGUGCCACCAAUAACCCAUGCUUUGCAAGAAGCCUCCUGAGCUUUGUGGUAGAAGGCUCCAAAGAGAUGCCUGCAGCGAUACGGGUGCUGUGCAUGGAUAUGGCGUUGAUUCAUGGUUUAGCAUCUGAACACCCGGAAGUUCUGGAAUAUUCUGCAGAGGAGCUUUGGCGAAAUCCGGCUUUUCUUCGUGGAUUGGUGAAAUUGGCAGAUGGCUCUGAGUCUACGAGCUACAGGAAAAAAGUUGCAGAGCGACUGUCUCUUUGCAAGAAGUCGGAGAGGGAAGUGGCAGUCGAAGUCCUUUCUGCAAUGGUCCAAGAGGAGCCAUCACAGCAUGGGCCAUUUGAUUUGCCACUGACCUUUGCGAUCGAGUUGCUGCAGCCACUGGCAGAAGGCAAUCCUAAGGCCUUUGCAACGGUGAAGGAGUCUUUGAAACAUGGAAGCCCGCUUGUGCGCACAGCAGCAGUAAAGGCUGCCGCUGAGUUGGCACAAUUGCGUGGCUUCAAAUGCAGCAGCGCUCUGUGCUCUCGCAUCCGUGACACCGACGCGGGUGUCCGAUGUGCUGCUACGUCCAUUCUGCCCACUCUGGAACUGGAGGAGCGUACCAAGAUGGGUGCAUGGAUGGCUUGCUUGCAGGACGGUGAUGCAACCGUCCGAAAGACUGCCUGCAAAGCUCUUGUCCAGUGUGGUGGCAUCGAGGUGGAGGCCAGAAGCCGCUCGGUGAUGGUCAACAUUUUGCUCGACAAGGAUCAGGAAGUGCGAGCUGAAGCAUGGUCAGCCCUGCUGGCCUUCAAGACCACUGCCCUCACUGGAAUCUUAGUUUCGCUCGCUCGAUCUCGCCUGGACGAUAUAACCAGAAAGCGGCUGGUACAAACUCUGCGGGGUUUGUUGACUCUUGGAGACCCCAAGGAGGUUCAAGUUGUUGCUUCCUCCCUUACGGGGGCCAGCUGGUGGCUGCGGCUUGCCAUGUGUGAGUCAUUCUGCCAACACCUCGACGCCAGCAACGCAGAGGUACGUGCGAUUUGUGUUUCGGCCGUGGACACAUUGGCCGACCGGACGGACAACAAGGCAGCGGCAGCUGUAGCAGCGAAGCUCCAGGAUUCGGAUGCCAAAGUGGCGAACGCCGCAUGGGCUGCGAUCCGAAAACGCCUGGGGGAUGCGGAUCCAGACGUGAAUCGAGUGUGGCUGGAGGAAGUUCAUUGUAACCAUUUGAACCCAUCCGUGCGCGGUGAGGUCAUUGGCGCUGUCCUGAACAACUUGACCGAGACCAGUUGGUUAAUUCAAAUGGCAGCCACCAGAGCCCUGGAGCUAAAACAACCUGCUGAAUCUAGAGAGGUGUUGGAAAUCUUGAUGAAAUUCAAGGAGGACGAUGACCCAGCGGUUCAGCAGAUUGCAGAGGAUGUGCUUGAGCACUUUCUGCUACUGGGCCGUGAAUCUGCGGAAGGCAUAGACCUGGAGCCGGAUUCGAUCUGUAAAUCUCUGUCAAGCACCAGUUUCUGA